GCCUGAUCGUAACAAGAGCAAAAGUGUCGCAAAAAUGUUUCCGUCUCUUUGUAAACGUUCCUUCCUUGGGUUUUCUAAAGUCUCUUUCCACGAAGGAACUUCUCGAACCUACAGGCCACAUCAUCAGAUCUCUAUGAUCAUGUGGCUGAUGGUUCUUCAGACUGAGGACGGUUUGCAGAACCAGAGAUGAGCUCAUGUUGAUGGACUUCCUGACCAGAGAGUGAGAACAGGAUCGAAGGUUGGAGCAGAGUACGACCAGGAAGGCCAGCUGAUCCAGGUGGAGAGCAGAGAAGACGAGGAACAAACCGUGAAGCUGGCAGAAAUCCUGGAGCUGCUGCUGGCUGCGGGUUACUUCCGGGCCCGCAUCAAAGGCCUGUCCCCAUUUGAUAAGGUUGUUGGUGGAAUGACCUGGUGCAUAACCACAUGUAACUUUGACAUAGAUGUGGAUCUACUCUUCCAGGAAAAUUCCACUAUUGGACAGAAAAUAGCCCUGACAGAGAAAAUUGUUUCUGUUUUACCAAAGAUGAAAUGUCCUCAUCGCCUGGAACCCCAUCAAAUCCAAGGCUUGGAUUUUAUUCACAUUUUCCCAGUGAUACAAUGGUUGGUGAAGCGAGCCAUAGAGACGAGAGAAGAGAUGGGGGAUUAUGUGAGAGCCUAUUCCAUUUCUCAGUUCCAGAAAAGCCAUUCCUUCCCUGAGGAUCAAGAACUUCUCAAGAGGAAAGACAACGCUGUGAAGGCCGUUCUGGAUGUAUUGGAAGUGUACAAACCUGAGAGAAAGUACAGAAGACAGAAAGAUGCAGAACUCCUCCUGGAUGAGGAGUCCAGGAUCCAUUUUACUCUGCUGGAGUAUGGCAGAAUGUGUGAAGCUAUGCUGAGAUAUGGACUAAAUAAGCAGUGUAAACAAAACAAGGAAGAUGAGGGGCGAGUCAGUGGGCCUCAGGCGAUGCCUGCCAGCAUUACAGAAGUGUUGGAAGAAGACAAGCUGCAGGCAGCAGAGGAGGGGAAGCUGACUGCGAGUGCUGUGGGUCAGAUAGUUGGACUCCAAUCAGAGGAGAUCAAACUGAUUGCCUCGGAGUACGCUGGAAAGCAGUUGAAACGUUCUUCAGAGGAGCGGUCAGAACGCUACGGUCCAGUGCAGCAGCACCGCCGGGCCGUCGCCUCACUGGACAAACAGAUCCAACAAAAAGCCGAGCAGUUGAAGGAGCUACAAGUAAAGCAUGCAGAGGUGAAAGCCCUCAAUGAAGUAGCAAAGAGGAAUCUGCUGGAGGCUACAGAACACUCAAUAAAACUGGAGACUGAGAUGAAGACACUAGAAGAGAUGGAGGAGCAAGCAGACAGUGGUCUGAUGGAGAAGCUCAGGACUUUGGUGACGAUGAAUGAGAACCUGAAGCAACAAGAGCAGCAGUUUCGGACACACUGCAGAGAAGAGAUGGUCCGUCUACAGCAGAACAUUGAAGAGCUGAAGUCAGCAUCAGGACAGGACACAGAGGAGGAGCAGGAGAGGAGGCAGCUAAUUGACCAACAGUACAAUUCAGAUAAAGAGAAGCUGCAAAAAGUCCGCCUGCUCAUGGCUCGCAGGAACCGUGAGAUCGCAAUCUUGCAGAGAAAGAUCGAUGAGGUGCCUAGCCGGGCGGAGCUGACCCAGUACCAGAAGAGAUUUAUUGAACUUUACAGCCAAGUUUCUGCUACCCACAAAGAGACCAAGCAGUUCUUCACUCUCUAUAACACCUUAGAUGAUAAGAAGGUCUACCUUGAGAAGGAGGUAAAUCUACUGAAUUCAAUUCAUGACAACUUUCAACAAGCCAUGUCGUCUGCAGCUGCCAGGGAUCAGUUCCUCAGACAGAUGGAGCAGAUAGUGGAGGGGAUCAAACAGAGUCGCAUCAAGAUGGAGAAGAAGAAACAAGAAAACAAAAUGAGAAGAGAUCAGUUGAAUGAUGAAUACCUGGAGCUGCUUGAUAAGCAGAGGCUCUACUUCAAGACUGUUAAAGAUUUUAAAGAGGAGUGCCGCAAAAAUGAGAUGCUGCUGUCCAAACUGAGAGCAAAAGGAGCUUCCUAGCUUUGUUCUACCUGCUGGCUCUGUGUUUUCUGAAGCUAGCCUGGAGCUUUAAUAUACAUUGAUUGAAGUGUGUGAGAUCACAGAACAUGGUUAUUUUAGUUCUGCUUCACAGGCCAGAAACCCAGUUUCUUCAUGGUGCCCAUCGCAGCAGAUUUGACCAUAAACGUGUCUUUUGGCUUUAGAACGUUUUGAUGGGAUCGAGGCCUUUAUAACAUAAUGAUUACAAAUGACCAACAUGAUUUCUGAUAUCUGUUUAGCCCGAGCUAUUGGUGUAUUAUAACAAGACUGAACUAAACACUAUUCCUGAUACUGAAUGCUUUCCCAAAGUCAACAAAAAAUCUUUGAUGCAUGUCUGUUCCUGCUUUAGGGCCUCAGAUCCUGUAGCCAUUGUUGCAAUACAAUUACAUCAUUGUAACUAGCUGUUGAUAAAAUAUUUUAUGUUGACAAUAAAAUAUUGGAAAACUUGAAA